GGGGCAGCAGGGCUCUGUCCUGCCUCACUACAUCUGUUGGUGGUGUGUCGAGGCUCCUCUGUACCCGCCUAGCUACUCUGCCCCCCUCUCUGGGAUUCUGCCCACAGCCCUCACCCACUGGCCUAAGAGCUGACCCAGGGGAUAGAGAGCCAGUGGCAGCUGUCACUGUGGUCCCCAGCUUUAUGAAGCUGUUUGUGAUGUUUUGAGGUCAGGUAUGCCACUCCAGGGCCCCACGUGGCUGUGGGUUGAGGGCCCAUUGAGGGGGUUGUGCCCACCUUGUCCCUCUGCUACAGGCUCUGGGGUACGCCCUGGGCUGGGACAGAUAGGGUACAGUACAGACCUCCACUGAAAGGCUACCAUGGCACUGGGGGGCCGGAGCCAUGCGGGCCACCCAGGACCCUGGGUUCUGUCCAGCCUCCUUGUGUGUGACCUGGGUGGGUCUCACCCCCGCCCUGAGCCUCCUUUUCCCCCUCUGUAAAGCAGACUUGUCAUCCCUGACACUGUGUCUGCUAAGGGGCUGUGAGGCUUGAGGGCACCUACAGAAAGGCCAGUGCUGGCCGGUGACAGGGGAUAUAGGACUUGACACCAAGCCUGCAGGAAGGGCUUCCGGUGUCCCCAGGUGCCCGCCACCUCUAAACACCCCUCAGCCCAAGGACAUUUGGGGCCAUGCUGAGGACCUCUGGUGUCUGACCUUCAUGUGCAGGCUGCCUCUAAGGGGCCCUGAGACCCCAGGCCGCUGCUGCGCCGAGCACCGCCCCGCACACCCCACAGGGGCCAGGCACUCACCCCCACCCCUUUGUGCAGCAGGUAGCGUGGGCCAAACCUCAGCCUGCAGAACUGGGACAGUGCCGUCCCUGUCCUCACAUCCAGGCUCCUCCUCCAGCACCCUGGCCUUCAGCAUCCAGGAGCCAGAGCCAGCGAGGCAGUCCCAGCCCCUGCCCCCCACCAGGGUGGGGAUUAUCGGCUCAGAGAGCUGCCCUUGGAGAUGAGCCUCUAGGGAUUGGCCUGGUGGCACUGUGCCAGGGAAGGAGGGCAGGGGCAAGGGCAGCUAGCUGGGCAGAGGGCAGAGGGGCGAGGGCAAGCUCUGGACCCGUCUUGCUCGGGGAGGGUAGAUAAGAAGAGGACACCGGGGCAGAGGUUCCAGAACAGAGGAGUGUAGCUGCAGGCCAGGGUGCAGAGGAAGGACCCUGGGGACAGUCUGGACCCUUUUUCUGGGUCCCUCUUACCCUCCUCUGCCUCCUUGUGCCUUGAGCAGCUGCUGAUGCCAGGACUGGACAGUGCAGGGGCUGGACAGGGUCUCCUCUGUCCUCCACCCUGGGUGAGACUGGUGCGUCUGGGACAGAGUGCUCCAGGGUGCACGUCUGGGUUCCAGCCCCAGCCUGCCCAGGAGUCUCUGGCCACCCCCGGGGCCUGUGGCGCUGCUGACAGCCUGCCUCUCCCUCAGGUCCGGCACCAUGCACUAGGGCAGUCUCCACGCCGCAAGGCCGUACCCUCCUCACUUCAGGGUCACCCUCCCCACCACACACUGCCCCACCAUGGCCGGGGACCGGCUCCCGAGGAAAGUGAUGGACGCCAAGAAGCUGGCCAGCCUGCUGCGAGGCGGGCCUGGGGGGCCUCUGGUCAUUGACAGCCGCUCCUUUGUGGAGUACAACAGCUGGCACGUGCUGAGCUCCGUCAACAUCUGCUGCUCCAAGCUGGUGAAGCGGCGGCUGCAGCAGGGCAAAGUGACCAUCGCGGAGCUCAUCCAGCCCGCUGUGCGCAGCCAGGUGGAGGCCACGGAACCCCAGGACGUGGUGGUCUAUGACCAGAGCACACGGGACGCCAGUGUGCUGGCAGCAGACAGCUUCCUGUCCAUCCUGCUCAGCAAGCUGGACGGCUGCUUCGACAGUGUGGCCAUCCUCACAGGCGGGUUUGCCACCUUCUCCUCCUGCUUCCCUGGCCUCUGCGAGGGCAAGCCUGCCACCCUGCUGCCCAUGAGCCUCUCCCAGCCCUGCCUGCCUGUGCCCAGUGUGGGCCUGACCCGCAUCCUGCCUCACCUCUACCUGGGCUCUCAGAAAGACGUCCUGAAUAAGGAUCUGAUGACCCAAAAUGGAAUAAGCUAUGUCCUCAAUGCCAGCAACUCCUGCCCCAAGCCAGACUUCAUCUGCGAGAGCCACUUCCUGCGCAUCCCCAUCAAUGACAACUACUGCGAGAAGCUGCUGCCCUGGCUGGACAAGUCCAUCGAGUUCAUUGAUAAAGCCAAGCUGUCCAGCUGCCAAGUCAUCGUCCACUGUCUGGCUGGCAUCUCCCGCUCUGCCACCAUCGCCAUCGCCUAUAUCAUGAAGACCAUGGGCAUGUCCUCUGAUGAUGCCUACAGGUUUGUGAAGGACCGGCGCCCAUCCAUCUCGCCCAACUUCAACUUCCUGGGCCAGCUGCUGGAGUACGAGCGGAGCCUGAAGCUACUGGCUGCCCUGCAGGGUGAUGCGACCCACCCUGGGACCCCUGAAUCCCUCCCAGGCCCUGCGGCAGGGGUCCCACUGCCCCGGCUGCCACCACCUACCUCAGAGAGCGCUGCGACGGGGAACGCAGCGACUACCGCAGCCAGGGAGGGCAGCCCAAGCACCGGUGGGGAGGCCCCAGUGCCCAUGGCACGGGCUACCAGCGCACUACAGCAGGGCCUCCAUGGCCUACACCUCUCCUCCGACCGCCUCCAAGAUACCAACCGCCUCAAGCGUUCCUUCUCGCUGGACAUCAAGUCCGCCUACGCCCCCAGCCGGCGGCCAGAAUGCCCGGGCCCGCCUGACCCUGGAGAGGCCCCUAAGCUCUGUAAGCUGGACAGCCCGUCGGGGGGUACGCUGGGUCUCCCCUCACCCAGCCCCGACAGCCCGGACCCAGCACCCGAGGCGCGCCCACGUCCCCGCAGGCGGCCCCGACCUCCCGCUGGCUCUCCUGCGCGCUCUCCAGCUCAUGGCCUCGGCCUGAACUUUGGCGACGCGGCCAGGCAGACUCCGCGGCAUGGCCUCUCAGCCCUGUCGGCUGGACUGCCCGGACCAGGCCAGCCGGCUGGCGCAGGAACCUGGGCGCCUCCCCUGGAUUCCCCAGGCACUCCGUCCCCAGACGGGCCCUGGUGCUUCAGCCCCGAGGGCGCGCAGGGGGCGGGUGGCACGCGGUUCGCAGCCUUCGGCCGGGCAGGUAUACCAGGACCAGGCAGUGACCUGCGGCGGCGGGAGGCCGCCCGGGCUGAGCCCCGGGAAGCGCGGACCGGCUGGCCCGAUGAGCCGGCCCCCGACACGCAGUUCAAGCGGCGCAGCUGUCAGAUGGAGUUCGAGGAGGGCAUGGUGGAGGGGCGCGCGCGCGGCGAGGACCUGGCCGGUCUGGGCAAGCAGGCCAGCUUCUCCGGAAGCGUGGAGGUCAUCGAGGUGUCUUGACCCCUCCGUGGGGUCUCCGCGCCCCUCUGCUGUCCUCAGCACUCCGGGCUCGGCCGCCAGUAGCCGGACCCAGUAUAAAUAUAUAUUAUAUAUAAUGCAAAGAAAGGUAAAUGGUUUUACUGCGAUUUUUAUCGAGAAGUAAAUAUUUCGAUUUUUUUAUUUAUUUAAGCUGUUCAUUCUGGCAAUGAUUUGGCAACAGUGCAGGGCGGGCCUCGGAGCUCUAUUUUUACUGUCUGGUAUUUAACUGAAACACAGUUUCUAAGCAAUAGGAGGCCACCUUCAGUUGCGAGCUGGGUGCCAGGCUGGGGCCCCUUCCCGCUCCCUCCCCAGGAAACACUGCUGACCUUGCAAAGAGGCUGCCAGCUUUCAUGCACUUUUUACUUAAGAAAAAGGGGAAAAAGGAGAAAAAAAAAAAAACUUUGCCACAAACUGAGCCGCAGAACCUCCCUUUCCCCCCCUCCUGCCUCCUUUCUCCCAUCUCCCUUCUCUUCUCCCUUCUUGGGCUCUGCACCAAAGCCAUAAGUGGGGGAGGGGCCCUGGAAGCUGGGGCCCUCCCAGGAGGUGCCAACCCCCAGCUCCAGGUGCCAAGUCUUGCUUUGAGGAGCACCUUGCUGCCCACCACCCCAUUGCUGUUCCCUGGCAGGUGUUGGUGAGCACUGGGUCCAAUGGGGCUAGGGUUUUCAGAGGGACUUAGCAAAGGGGACUCCAGGACAGGGACGGGGUUGGAAAGGGCUUCCCACUCCUGCCUGAGUCGCUCCAUUCAGAGGAGGCUGCUCCCAUCUCCUCUCCUUGGGGAUGCCCCCUAAAGCCCCUGCCCAUGGGGAACCCCAGUGAGAGACCUGGGCUCUCCGGGACUCCUGUGUCAGGCAGGAGGAGCCAGGCUAGCCAGGGCUCUGGGCCCACCUGUGAGGAGGGCAUGGGUUUAGGAUCUUGUUCUGGGCUCUUCUCCAACCCAACACCAGCCUCAGGCAGGUCUUGGAAUUCAGGUGGACACCUGCAGGCUGAGUGGCCUUGGAAGACGGGCCUGCCUUGCACAGGAGUUCCCACCUGCCAAACCUGCAUGCUUCCAGGGGAUGGGGCCUCUGACUCUGGGUGAGCCAUCCCAGGGCAGAGGAAGGCCCCAGACAGGAGCAGAUGCUGGAGAAAUCCCCUCUUCUGCCCCCACCCCCACAGGGGCCUCUCAGGAGAGAGACCCCCAGUACACCCCUUUCCCAGGGCACUCUCCCUGUGUCUUCAAGGUGACAUGCCAGCCCCACCCCCCAGGGGGCUUUCUGGCCCAGGAGGGCCAGCCUCGUGAUAAAGGCAAAAGAGAGACCCCCAUCACUGUCCCAUACUCUCUAAGUCAUAGGGACACAAGGCUUUGAGGGCAAGAUACAGGUCCCUGCCCCUCAGGUGUCCUAGAGUCUAGGAUUUGGCUGUCACCUUAGGAAGGGGCCAAGGGCUUGGCCAGAGGGAGGCUCACACAGGACUGGCUCCUGUAGCAGGCCUGGGUCCUGCAGCCUGCUGCCCCCAACACCCCCUCGGCCUUGUCUUUCUAUUUGUUCUUCAUUUGACCUACACCCUGUGUUCCUGUUGUUCCUCCUUUCAGCAAAAGUCCUGUUCCUACUCCCUCUGUCCCACCCACCCUGUCCCCCCCUAAAUAAGCUAUCAUUGUUGUAUUUGCAAUCUAUGGAUUAGAGGUUUAAGUAUUUAUUAUUAUUGGUUAAUAUUAUUAUUAUUGAUUAUGUAAAUUUGCCUCCUGUCUGUCGUGUUGGGUUUCUGAGGUGACCCUGGGUGUGGAGGAUGCACUGGCUCCCCCCUCCUCGCCCCACCCCUGCUGUCCCGGAGACAGUGGUCUGGGGCCACUGGUUGAGCCCCCAAACUCUCGGGCCGGUCCCAAGGCCCCUCUCCUGCCCUCCCCAGGUGUGGCUUCUGUCCUGGGGUACAUAGGGCUGGCAGCCUGUCUCUGCUCUCACUCUGUGACACUGGUCUUGGCUGCCACCUCCUGUAUGCCAGGGAGGCUGGGCACGAGCUCUUCCCUGGUCCCUUUCCACCUACUGUCUGAGGUACGGAGGGGUCACUGGGUCCCAUCCAAGCCUCUCCACCCAUCCUACCCCACCCACCUGGCCACUGCCUGGCAUUGAGAUGGCCCAGAAUGGACCUGGCCCCCUCCUAUUAUUUGCUGGAAAGUCCAGCGCAGGAGAAGCGGCCAGUCCCCCACCCAAGGCUCCUGGUCCCUGAGGACUAGGACGCCAGCCUGCUGCCCUUCAGACUCCUGCCUCCAUGGGCUGCACUUUCCUGUCCCCCCUUUUGUAUUUGGAAACAAUGUGCUGUAAUAAAUCCUAAGACGGAUGUUUUCCCAGA